GCCCCAAAGAGUUGGCGGCACCAUUUUGGUAACAAAAUAUUAGCUAGCUGGCUAGUUAGCCUUUGUAGGCGCGUGAAGAAAGUUGCAUUUGAUUGACCGUCAUGUGUCUUGCUCACGAUGUAUUGAUAAUAUAGCGCGUAAACAUACAGAUACAGGCGAUGGUCAUAUAAAACUGGUCGAAUGUAGCUAGCGGGCUACAUGUAAUCAGUGCUGGGUAACAAUACCAGGAACAGGCCUAGGAAGAAGGAGUCGCCGGCACUGGACAAGGCAACGAGCUAAGCGCUUCGGUUAUCGGUGUUUGUUUUUACCAUUGCCUGCUGUAGCUAAGUGAUAUUCGUCAUACUCGUUCGUGUUCAGCAGAUUCUUUGUAAAGUUGACUAGCCGUUCGUUCGACGCACAAAUGGACGGUGGAGAUGAAUUCUUUUCAGGGAACCACUCAGAUGACGGCAGUGGCACACCGGUGCAGGACGAAAAUGCUGUGGGGUCCGACCUGGAGGAAGAGGAGAUGAGGGGGGAGUCGCGCCAGUCCGAGGAUGAAGGCAGUGACCGGGAGAGUGUGGCCGGCAGUCUGGUGCCCCCUGGUGGUGGUAGCGGUUCAGAACAUGAGGAUGGCAGAGGAAGACAGGUCAGCGACUCAGAGCCAGAAGCACCCCACCACGCUGACAGUGAAGACGAUGGUGAAGACUCCCCAACGAAAUGCAGGGGGAGCCCAUCAGAGAGAGAGGAGCAGCCAACAGCACGUGCUAGCGAAUCAGAUUGUGAGGACCCACGCAGGGGAGAGAGCCCUCGCUCGGACUCGAACUCGGACAGCGAAUCUGAUGGGGAGAAGUCUAGACAGAGGACUCGGGGAGAGUCAGAGGGAGAGGAUGGAGAUGAGGGAAGGAAAGAUGGAGAGGCCGGAGAGUGCGAUGCCAAAGCUGCAGUGCACUCCGACAGUGAGGAAGAGGAGAGGAAGCCAAAAGAGGAAGCGGACAGUGAGCAGGAUGAAAUGCACACUCAGCGUACUAUCGCAGACAGCGACGAUGAGGAAAAGCCAGUGAAGAGGAAGGCGGCCAUUCUCUCUGACAGCGAGGAUGAGGGGGAAAUGAAAGCCACAAAGAGACGAAGGGCUGUGUCGGAUGAUGACGAGUCAGCCAGUGAGGAAGGCUCGGAGGCGCCGGAUAAGACCGUGGCCGCCAAGCUCCGAGAGCUGGGAUCGGACAGUGAGGAGGAAGAGGAGAGCAGGAUGGAGACAGACGCUGGGAAAAAGGACGAGAAGACACUAUUUGGCAGCGACAGCGACUCAGAAAACAACGAGGAAGAGAAAAUGAUUGCGGAUAUCUUUGGGGAGUCAGGAGAUGAGGAGGAGUUUACGGGUUUUAAUCAGGAGGAGCUGGAGGGAGAGAAUCAGCAAUCUCACGCUGCAGGUCAAAAAGUGACAGCUGAUGACUCUGAUUCUGAUGAUAUUGAGAGGGGAGGAAGAGACAUGAUGUUCAUGUCUGAUUUUGAUAUGAUGCUGGCACGGAGGAAAGCUCAGAGUGGCAAGCGGAGACGCCACCGCGAUGGAGGAACAUUCAUCAGUGAUGCGGACGAUGUAGUCAGCGCCAUGAUCACCAAGAUGACUGAAGCUGCAGAGGAGGAUCGGACUCUAAACAGUCAGAAGAAGCCAGCUCUGAAAAAGUUGAUGCUUUUGCCCACAGUUGUGAUGCAUUUAAAAAAGCAGGAUCUGAAGGAGACGUUUAUAGACAGUGGUGUGAUGACUGCGAUUAAGGAAUGGAUCAGUCCUCUACCAGACAAGAGUCUCCCUGCACUGAAGAUCAGGGAGGAGCUGCUCAAGAUCCUGCAGGAAUUGCCCAGUGUCAGCCAAGAGACUCUGAAGAUGAGUGGAAUUGGUCGAGCUGUCAUGUACCUCUACAAACACCCCAAAGAGUCACGUCCAAACAAAGACCUCGCUCUCAAACUUAUCAAUGAGUGGUCGCGGCCCAUCUUUGGCUUGUCAUCUAAUUAUAAAGGCAUGACGAGAGAGGAGAGACAACAGAGAGACCUUGAUCAGCAGAUUGCCCCCCGCAGACGGCUCAGUGAGCCUCAGAAGGUAGAGAGGGCAGAGGAAACUGAUGUCUUUGGCCCCCACCUCAGUUCAGGAGGACAGACACCUCGAAGAGAUCUGGAGAAGGUGCUGACGGGAGAAGAGAAAGCAUUGAGGCCGGGUGACCCCGGGUUUUGCGCCAGGGCACGGGUGCCCAUGCCCUCCAAUAAGGACUACGUCGUGCGACCCAAAUGGAACGUAGAGACAGACUCCAAUCGGGGUCCUAUGAGGAAGAGCAUAUCGCGUGUAGAUAAACAGAUGCGACGCUUUGCUGACAUCAGGCGCCUGACGAAGACGGGUCACGCUGUGAAGAUCAGUGUCGAGGGCAACCGCAUGCCCCUCUGAUCCCCUUAUGCCCUUCGUGUCUUGUUUAUGCUUUUGUUAAUUUUAUUAUUUUUUUCUAUGAUCCCGUAAGUCUGGAUGUAUAUUAUUGUUGUAUGGUUGCUGAAUUGGGCUUCAUGGCAGAAGGAGCUGAAGGACUGUAAUAUAGCUAACAUCUUAAAUGGAUGCAGGUGGAUAAUGUGUGUAUGUCGAUCUGCGUGGAGAAUGACAGUGGCCUGCCUUGUGCUGUAACUUUGAUAAUAAACUGAUUCCACAUCA